AUGGCAAGCACAAAACCACUUGUGAGGAAGAGAAUCAGCGAUGGUUUGGCUGUUACUCAGAAAGUUUUCGUGCGUUCUAGGAAUGGUGGAGCUCAAAAGGUUGUUAGAGAACACUAUUUGAGAAGGGAUAUUCCAUGUUUAUCGAAAGUUUGUGACAAAUGUUCUGAAAUUAUUGUUCCAAAUGCAGUUGGGGAGUUUCCCAAGUUUGUUUUAUCGGAGAGUCCGCAGGAACUGGAAGAUUUAGGGAAGCAUUAUGUGGUUGUAGAUGCGAAUAUCAUUUUGCAGUCUAUUGAUCUUUUGGAGAACCCUAAGUGUUUCUUUGACGUUAUAGUGCCUCAGAUUGUUUUGGACGAGGUUAGGAAUAAGUCGUACCCUAUUUACACUAGGAUUAGGGCGCUUUGUAGGGACAGUGAGGACGAUGUGAAGAGAUUUAUUGUUUUCCAUAACGAGUUUUCGGAGUAUACUUACAUCGACAGAAACGGUACUGAGAGUAUCAACGAUCGGAAUGACAGAGCUAUCAGGAAGACCGUGGAGUGGUAUUCCUCGCAUUUGAAGGAGAAGGAUGUGAGUGUAGUUUUUGUAACGAACGAUCGUUUGAACAGACAAGAGGCGUUGAAGAGCGGUUUAGUUGCGAAAUCAUUGUCGGAGUAUGUGGAUAUGUUGCCUAACAGCGAGGAGAUCAAGGAUUUGAUUCCUAACUUGGCCCCAGUAUCUGGUAUGAGCGGUAAGAUGUUGGAAGAUGAUGCGGAAGGCCGCUCUAAGAGUGGUAGCAACGAGUUUUGUUUCCCAGAGUAUUAUUCGACGUCAAGAAUUAUGGGUGGGCUUAAGAACGGGUCCCUAUACCAGGGUUCCAUCCAAAUAUCAGAGUACAACUUUUUGGAAGGUACCGUUUCCCUUCCUAAUUUCAAGAAACCUGUUUUGAUUUUAGGCCAAAAGAACUUGAAUAGAGCCUUUAAUGGAGACCUCGUGGUGGUUGAACUUCUUCCCGAAUCCGAGUGGAAGGCACCAUCAACCGUUACCAUCGAUUCUGAACACUUUAACGUUAACGAUAAUCCAGAUAAUGAUGAAGACGAUGACGAUUCUACUGGCGUCUUGACAGGCACACAGUCUGCCUCUGCUAUGAUGUCAGACAAAGAUCGUAGACUAUUAGCGCAGUCUGCAAUCAAAGCCCAGCAAUCUAAUAAGAUUCAACCAACAGCUAGAGUUGUUGGUAUCACAAGAAGAUCCUGGAGACAAUACGUCGGUCAAAUUACGCCAACUUCUGUGGAUCCACAAAAUAGCGGAACCCAAAACGUGUUUGUUAUUCUAAUGGAUAAAUGUCUACCGAAGAUCAGAAUCCGGACUAGAUUGGCUAAACAGUUAUUGAACAAGAGAAUUGUUGUUUCUGUUGAUUGUUGGCCAGAAAACUAUAGAUACCCACUUGGGCAUUUCGUAAGAGACUUGGGUGAAAUCGAAUCUGCGGAAGCUGAAACUGAAGCUUUAUUGCUUGAACAUGAUGUUGAAUACAGACCAUUCUCUAAGAAGGUUUUGGAUUGUCUACCUAGUGAAGGACAUGACUGGAAGGCUCCAGCAGAUUUGUCAGAUCCAGAAGCUAUUAGUAAAGAUCCGUUAUUGGUGAAGAGAAAGGAUUUCAGAGAUAAGUUAAUCUGUAGUAUUGAUCCACCAGGAUGUGUGGAUAUUGAUGACGCUUUGCAUGCUAAGCAACUUCCAAAUGGUAACUGGGAAGUCGGUGUUCAUAUUGCUGAUGUUACUCAUUUCGUAAAGCCUGGUACUGCUUUGGAUGCUGAGGGUGCCUCAAGAGGUACCUCUGUGUAUUUGGUUGAUAAGCGUAUUGAUAUGUUACCUAUGUUAUUGGGUACAGACCUCUGCUCUUUAAAGCCAUAUGUCGAUAGAUUUGCUUUUUCUGUUAUCUGGGAGCUUGAUAACGAUGCUAAUAUCGUUGGUGUGGACUUCUUUAAAUCUGUGAUCAGAUCAAGAGAAGCAUUUUCUUACGAAAAGGCUCAGAACCGUAUUGAUGACAAGAGUCAAAACGACGAACUAACUCAAGGUAUGAGAGCGCUAUUACAGCUAUCUAAAAAACUAAAACAAAAGAGAUUAGACGCUGGUGCUUUGAAUCUAGCAUCUCCUGAAGUUAAAGUCCAUAUGGAUAGUGAGACUUCAGACCCUAAUGAGGUUGAAAUCAAAAAGCUAUUGGAUACAAACUCUUUGGUGGAAGAAUUCAUGUUGUUAGCCAAUAUCUCCGUUGCCAGAAAGAUAUAUGAAGCUUUCCCUCAAACUGCCAUGCUUAGAAGACAUGCUGCACCACCAUCAACUAACUUUGAGCUACUAAAUGAAAUGUUACAGGUCAGAAAGGGUAUGUCUAUUUCCUUAGAAUCUUCUAAAGCUUUAGCAGAUUCUCUAGAUAGAUGUGAAGAUCCAAAUGAUCCAUACUUAAACACAUUAAUUCGUAUCAUGUCUACGCGUUGUAUGAUGGCAGCUCAGUAUUUCCAUGCUGGUGCAUUCUCGUAUGCUGACUUCCGUCAUUACGGUCUUGCGGUAGAUAUCUAUACACAUUUCACCUCACCUAUUAGACGUUACUGUGAUGUUGUUGCCCAUAGGCAACUUGCUGCUGCCAUAGGCUACGAAUCGUUAGACCUUUCUCAUAGAGAUAAGCAAAAGAUGGAAAUGAUCUGCAGAAAUAUCAAUAAGAGACAUAGAAAUGCACAAUUUGCAGGAAGAGCAAGUAUAGAGUAUUACGUUGGUCAAGUUAUGAGAAACAACGAAUCCACUGAAACCGGUUAUGUCAUUAAGGUCUUUAAUAACGGUAUUGCUGUUUUGGUACCCAAAUUUGGUGUCGAAGGUUUGAUCAGGCUAGAAAAUUUGACAGAUGAUCCACAACAAGUAGACUUCAUUGAAGAUAAGUUUACCUUGAAAUUUGUUGAUAAGAACGGUGUUUCCAGGGAAGUUAGUGUAUUUGAUAAGGUUGACGUCCAAGUGAAAUCUAUUCUUGAUCCAACAACAAGUAAACGUAAAGCUCAACUAUUAUUGAAAUGA